AUCACAUAAGUUUUAAGCAAAUAAAUUUUUAAAGUUAAUAAAUUGACAGAAAAUAAGUUUCAUUAUUAAACAAUUAUCAAAGAAGUAUAUACCACACAAUUAAUCAAAAGAAUUACAAUUUUUUUAUUAAAAGUUCAUAACAUAAAGAUUAAUAUAAUUAAAAAAAAAACAAAACAGAUUAAUAAAUAUAAAAAUAAUACAAUUAUAUUGUCUUAAAAUACACUAAAAUAAAAAUGUUAAAACACAAAAAUACAAAUUUUAAAACAUUGCUUAUUAAAAGUUCAUAACAAAAAAGAUUAAUAAAAAUAAAUAUAAUACAAUUAUAAAGUUUCUAAAUACACUAAAAUAAAAAAUGUUAAAACACUACUUAUAAAAAUAUAUUUAAAAUAUUGAUUUUGUAAAUUAGAUUUUGUUAAAAAAUAUUCUUACGCUUUUAAAAUGUGGGUCAAAAUCUAAUUGUAAUUAAAUUAUAGUCGGGUCGAUUAUAUUUUAUUGUUGAAACAAGAUAUUUAAACGAUCUCUAACAUCCGCAUCAGUUUUUGGAUGAAUGAAAUUAAACUCAGGAUGUUAACUACAUAACAUCAUAAAGUUGAGGGAUGUUGUCAUGCAUAACAUAUACUUCGUGUGGCAAGAUAUACAUUAGUUUAGUUUGCAUGGUUAACCAUGUGAUGGCCAAUACUUCAUGUAGCCAGCAGUCAUUUUUUUAUAAUAGUACCAUGAAAGUAGUAAACAUGAAACUAUCCCGUUAAAAAAUUAAAAAAAAAUUGUUUGCUCUAAUCUGGCAUUUAUAUUCAGUGCUUUUAAUAUCUUUGGAAAUAAGUCUAUUUUUUAUCAUAACUUAUACAGACUCAUAUAGACUCUGUAAACCAAACUGGGAGAUAUUGAUCCAUGUGAACGACGAAAGACGGUUGCUUCCUGACACUGUGUGCUAGGCUAUCCGCCGUUGAAUUUUGUGUACUUGGUACAUGUAUUAUCUCUGAAUGGAGGAAAUUUUAUUUCAGGACUUUAAUAUCUUCAAAUAACUUGCAAAAGCUGGCCAUUCUUCUCAUUAUGAAACCAUAUUCACCAAUUGAGAACAAUCCGUUGCAAACGUAACUUGAAAUUGACGUAAGUUUCUCAUGCAUUCCAUUACCCAGAGUAGUGCUUCCAUCUCCGCAUGAAGAGGAGAGAGACUAACCCGAACAUUUCUCGCCCCCAUCAACCCAUCAAAUCCUUCUAAAGUAUUGAACCAACACUGUCCAGAAAAAAUAACAUUCUCUUUCGAGGAACCAUUAGUGAAACACCAUCUUCCUGGAAUUGAAGGUAAAUACGUAACCUCUACGUGUGAUAUUGUUCUCUGUUCAUUUACUAUAUGUGCCUCAGCCCAGAGUGUUGAUUCUGUUUCUGCCAAUUUGAGUGUAUCCCUUUGAUCAAUGUCCAAAUUACAAAAAACUUUAUUAUUCUUUCUUUUCCAAAUGUACCAUAGUAUCCAUGCAAACUGAUGAUCAUCUAACUGCGGGAAAACCUUCCAGAAAAGAUGAUCCAUAUUUGUAAAGAGAGACCUUGUUGGAAAAAUAGCUGGAUUUGAUGGUAUUUUUGAGAGAGUCCAAACCUGAAGAGCUGAAAGACAUUAAAAAAACAUGAUUUAUCGAUUCUUCAUCAGCUCUGCAUCUUGCACAACAUAUAUCUCCAGUUAUCCCUCACGCUUGCAGACUCUUUUUGACUGCUACACACUUUGUCACCAAUUGCCAUUGAAAAUGUUUUAUCUUUCGUGGACACCGUAUUUUCUAGUAGAAUACCUUCAAUACAUCCACUGUGGGUCCAAACAAUAAUGGUGAUCUUUCCCUGUCUUUGGAAAUAAGCCUACAAUAGAAACAAAAAAAUAAAACCACAGCUCAAAAAACCAAUGCUUAAUUUCUUAAACAAAAAACUAAAGUCACAACUGCAACCAAUCAAAGCCAUAUGUGUUUUACUAAAAGUGACAACUGAAUCAAUUAAUUGUUAGUGGAUUUGUUAGCAGAAAACUUAAGAAGAUAAUGAUGUUCUUCCCCCCACAUUAUAUACUAAAUUGAUGGUAAUAAGCUUAGCUUACUUGUAUUAGGCAGCACUUGUCUUCGAUUUCUUGGUGGAAUAGGACAAAUAUUUAAUUAGCUUCUCUUACUUUUUGUUGGGAGAAUUCGUCUGAACUAUUUUAUAGCUUAUUUAGCCUCAUUUUUGAGGUCAUUUCUUAUAUCCGACCCUUACAGAUAUUAUUAUGUUGUAGUCGUCCCUUGAAUCGUUUGUUUGUUUCUUUAGUGAAUCGGUCACUGUUUUGUUAUCAUCCAUUUUUUAAUACUGCUCCACCUGCUCCGUAGGAACUCGCUCUCUUGUUUUACUAGUAUUUCUUAAGAUCCUUGAAUUAACAAGAAUAUAUUUUCCUGAAAUCAAUCAUUUUGUGCACAUUUGGUCUUAUUUGGUGAAUCGUUUCCACUUGCUAUGAAUUGACGAUGCGGGUUGUUUCACGUUGUUCUCCUCACACCUUUUGUUUAAGAAUUGCACCACACAACUGAUUUAUAGUAGCGACUAAGUGAGUGUGACAUUCCAUGCUCUGUCCUUGUUCUACCAAAUUGUAUACUUGCUGUCUUCGCCAACAUCACCCUCUCUUUUUUUUGGUAAACAACGUGAUAUCAGGUCAGAGGAGAAUGGUAAACUGACAAUUAUCACAUCAUAAGACUUUGUGAUAUCAGGUCAGAGGAGAAUGGUAAACUGACAAUAAUUAGAUAAAAUUGUGUGGACAGAAAAUUUGUUUGUUUAUGUUGAGUUGCAAAGGUACGUAGGAAAGAGAUUGUAUCCACCUUAUGUAAUGGCUAAUCAAAAAUAAGAUACUUCUUUACUAUAGAUAUUUGGAUGGUGGUUCUUGGAUCUAUUUAAAUCAUGGUGUAGCAGUUGGUAUUACUUUGUCAUCCCUGGCUACUAUUUAAGUUACUAUGAUACCCAAACUCAUUAUCCCCCACUCUCAACAUUCAUAUAGUCUUUACUCUCUAAAAGAACUUCUGAAAUGGCAGCAAAUGAUGUCCCUUGCUGUGAACCUAUGUUCUGGUUUUACCUUACUGCAUGUUUUGGUCUAGUUGCUUUCGCAGGUUUAAUGUCAGGACUGACCCUUGGUCUUAUGUCCCUUAGUCUCGUCGAACUUGAGGUCAUAGCUAAGGCUGGUGAACCCACCGACCGCAGAAACGCUGAAAAGAUCCUGCCACUCGUUAAGAACCAACAUCUUCUGCUGUGUACACUCCUCAUAGGCAAUGCUUUGGCGAUGGAGGCUCUACCAGUCUUUGUCGAUUCCCUGCUUCCAGCUUGGGGCUCUGUUCUGAUAUCUGUGACUCUCAUACUUGCAUUUGGCGAGAUUAUACCUCAAGCUGUAUGCUCUCGAUACGGGCUAAGCAUCGGAGCAAAGCUAUCGAUUUUGGUUAGAUUUAUUGUCAUAGUCUUCUUUCCGCUAGCUUAUCCAAUCAGCAAGCUACUCGAUUUAUUGCUUGGAAGAAGACAUUCUACACUUUUCAGACGAGCAGAGCUCAAGUCAUUUGUGUUUAUGCAUGGAAACGAGGCAGGAAAAGGAGGGGAACUAACUCACGAUGAAACAACAAUCAUAUCAGGAGCUCUCGACAUGUCUCACAAGAGUGCCAAAGACGCAAUGACAUCAGUCUCCAAGAUAUUCUCACUUGAUAUCAACUCCAGGCUCGACGAAAAGACAAUGGGACUAAUAGCAAGUGAAGGCCAUAGCCGAAUCCCGGUAUACUCGGUGGAUCCUACUGUUAUCAUCGGAUAUAUUCUUGUCAAGAACUUGAUCAAAGUCCGUCCUGAAGAUGAGACACCGAUCAGAGAUCUCCCCAUCAGAAGAAUGCCUAGGGUCAAUUUGAAUCUACCUCUCUACGACAUCCUCAACAUCUUCCAAACAGGUCGAAGCCACAUGGCUGCUGUCGUUGGGACUAAGAACUGUACCAAUACCAACACUCCUGUCCAUGACAAGAGCAUCAAUGGAACGGAUAAUAAAGAUGGAAAUGUUGUUUUGAGCAUUCCUGUGAUGAACUCAAGUGAGGUUAAUCAUCAGAGUCCAAUCCGAUACAUUGAUAGCAUUGCUGAUGAAGAUGAAGAAGUCAUUGGCAUAAUAACUCUAGAAGAUGUCAUGGAGGAACUCAUACAGGAAGAAAUAUUUGAUGAAACAGACCGGUAUGUCGAAGUUCAUAAGAGGAUAACAAUAAACAUGCCAAUAUCUGGGAACUCGAAUCCACAAUCGCCGGGAACUGCCACGUGGCUUUCGGAGCUAACAUCUCCUAUCUCGCCGUAUCGCUCAAGUCCACUGUCGCCUAACAUCAGGAUCUCUACGCUGCUCCGGUCACCGAUAAACUCACCUUACCGUCAGUCUCCGUUUCUCAGGCCUACACUCUGUGCUUCUCCACCGUCACAGCCUCCUUCGGUGCUCUCUCCGGACAGCAAUGAUCGUUAUUACUAUUUGUCUCCUAGUAGGGUGGGGAAAACGUACGUGAAGCUACCAAGAUCAAAUGGUUCGUAAAACGAAACGGUAGAUCUGAUUAAAAAUGUAUUUAAGUGAAGCAAAAUAUAUUAAUAACAAGAGUCAAAAGACUUUCUUGUCGAUCAUUUUUCAAGAUUUAGGUUAAUCUUUUAUAUGCAUGUGAAUUGAAGUGAAGAAAAGAUGAACUGUCUUUAUUUUUGAGUAUUAUUUUUUUUUUGAAAAAGGAUAAAUAGUAGGAAACGUGUGGCUACUGGCUAACAAAAUAAUAUCUUAAAGAUAAAAACAAAAUAUGCAUGCCACCUUAUACAUGUAUAAUAAGGUAACUAAUCAAAUUCACAAAAGAAUACUUAAGAAAAGAAACUAUUAGUUUACAAAAGAAAACAACAUAACAAGGUUCUUUUCUUAAGAUGGGUUCCCUUUGUUCAUAUGAGUGGAUGAGACAGAUCACGAACAAGCUAUGGAUCUAUGGAUUCCACACAACUUAUGAAAAAUUUGACAAGUCAAGUUGAACUCUAAGAAAUCCGAGAAAUUUUCCUGAUUAAUGGCACCUUGAGGUACUAAGUUACGUCCGAAGAGAAGUAUAUUGGAUGCCAAAGAUAAUUAUGCGCUGGAUCUACAUAAAGAAAGGUCUGGAAUUGGACAGUUCUUAAUAACCCAGUUUGUAAUAUUGGUCUGGUCAUAUAUGGUUUUUGGGUCUAGCUUUGGUUCGUUAUGGGUCUUUGAUGGGUAAUGAAUAUUGACCAAGUUCAACUACUCAUGGCUGGACUGGAAUCUUCUAAAAGAAACCAAAUAAUAUUUAUGUAAACAUGACCCUUACAUUUUAUACUAUUUUUAGUUAAGCAUUUUUUUUAUAAACAAACACACAAUUAACUAGAUGGAAUUAGGGGUGGGCAAAAAUACAGAACCGAACCAAGUCAAACCGAACCAACCGAACCGAAACCAAUUCCAACCGAACCAAUGUCUAUUUCAAACCAUUCGGUUGAAGAUUUUCCUAAUCCGAAU